CUGGGCUGGAUUCCGGAAUGGACUCCCCUCUCUUCUUGAGCGUGCAGCAGAGAGCAGUGCAGCCAGCCCUGCCGCCUGAGUGGAUGGAGGGCACGAGGCCCUCGCCUGUGUCCCUUAGGGGUGACACCUACCGCCCUGCCUGUCGCGGUGGCCCAGGCCCUUCUCUCCCUGCAGGUGGCCCAUGCCGCCCCUGGCCGCCCACACUGUCCUCCACUCAGGUCCCUCCGCAGACGGUGGCGGGUGCGCGGCCUUCUGGCAUCUUCCGGUUCCCGCCCCACGUCCCGUCCUCCUGCAGAUCAGCAGGCAGCUCUCCUGGGCCUGCGGCUGCUCCAGGCCUCCCAUCUGCUCCUGGCCUCCGGUGGGCGCUAACUGUGGGGCUGCGGCCUGGGACCGUGGCUUUCCUCUCGGCCCCCAAAUGGCUUUCCUUGAGUUGCUCAGCCUCUCCACACGAGGCUCCUCAUGCGGGCAGAGGGCUGGGGUCCAGGGAUCCCCGCGCCCUUUCUGCAGGAUGUGCCCGGCCCCUCCAGCCUGCCCCUGCCCUGCCCUGGGGACAAGUAUCUGAGGUUUGCGUCCCUGUUUUUCUCCCUGUAGUUUUGUGAGUGUUUCAGGGACAACGGCCAAAGGUCUUUUUUCCACCAUCUUUAAAUCCAAGUUGUUUAAAACAACAUUAAUUUAAAAAAUAAAAAAUAAAAGCAAUCCAUGCUUACGGUUUAAAAAGAGUUCAGGAGUCUGGAGUCCGUUGAAGGGUAAAGGCCUCCCCUGCUGCCAGUCGGCUCCUCUUUCACGAAGCUUUCCAGAAGUUUUGUGUGCUUAUGAAAGUGUUCGUGUGGCCUUUCUCUUCCCUUCCUUUAUUAAACAGAGAUAGGCUCAUGCCGGAUAAA